GGUGGUUUGCUCCUCUGCCGCUGCCGCUUCGGUGCCGCCGGGUCCGGUUCCCACCGCCGCUGCGGGGGCGCUGCACGGCACCUGGACUCGCUCGGUGUCGGGCAGCGAGGCACCGUGCCGGCGAAGGGAGGCCUCGGCGUCUCCUCCCCGCACGACGGGGCCCGUGGCCCGGCCAUGCCUCCCUCCAAGCCCGGCGGCAAGGGCGCCUUGGUGCUGCAGUGCGAGUGGGGCGGCUGCACCUACGUGGCCUCGGACAUGGAAGAGUUUUGCCAACAUGUGGCCCAGCACCUGCAGCAGCACCUGCCCGGGGAGUACCGGGACGAGCUGGACCCUCUCGAGGCAUACACGUGCCUGUGGCAGGAGUGUGGCUUCUGCUCCCCGGAGAGCUCAGCUGACCUCGUUCGGCACGUCUACUUCCACUGCUACCACACCAAGCUGAAGCAGUGGGGGCUGAGGGCGCUGCAGAGCCAGUCGGACCUGAGCCACUGCCAGCUGGACCUGCAGAGCCGCAACAUCGUCCCCGAGAUCCAGGAGAACUUCCUCUGCCUGUGGGAGUACUGUGAGAGAUCAUUCGAUAACCCUGAGUGGUUCUACCGGCACGUGGAGGAUCACAGCUUCUGCUCCGAGUACAAGGCAUCAGGGAAGGAGAACCAUGUGGUCCUGUGUGGCUGGAAAGACUGUGACUGCAGCUUCAAGGGGCGCUGCAAGCUGCGGGAGCACCUUCGAAGCCACACGCAGGAGAAGGUUGUGGCCUGCCCGACCUGCGGGGGGAUGUUUGCCAACAACACUAAGUUCUUCGACCACAUCCGCCGGCAGACAGCGCUCGACCAGCAGAGGUUUCAGUGCUCUCACUGCUCCAAGAGGUUUGCCACCGAGAGGCUGCUCCGUGACCACAUGAGGAACCAUGUGAACCACUACAAGUGCCCUCUGUGCGACAUGACCUGCCCCUUGCCCUCUUCCCUGCGCAACCACAUUCGCUUUCGGCACAGCGAGGAGCGUCCCUUCAAGUGUGACUACUGUGACUACAGCUGCAAGAAUCUCAUUGACUUGAGGAAACACCUGGACACGCACAGCAAGGAGCCAGCCUAUCGCUGUGAGUUUGAGGCAUGCAGCUUCACUGCACGUUCUCUCUGCUCCAUCAAGCUGCACUACAGGAAGGUCCAUGAGGGUGACUCAGAGCCCCGCUACAAGUGUCAUGUCUGUGACAAGUGCUUCACACGUGGGAACAACCUCACUGUCCACCUCAGGAAGAAGCAUCAGUUCAAAUGGCCCUCAGGGCAUCCUCGCUUCAGGUACAAGGAGCAUGAGGAUGGCUACAUGAGGUUGCAGCUGGUGCGCUACGAGAGCGUGGAGCUGACCGAGCAGCUGCUGAAGGACAGAGAGAAGCGAGGAGAGGCUCUGGAUGGCUCAUCUGAGUGUGUGGUGCUGUCUGAGGGCGAGGGCAACCUCCAGGGCAUCAUUCUGGAAGCCCCAGCAGAGGCACCCCUAGUGGAGAACAGUGCUGCUGAGCUGCCAGUGGCCCCCCUGCCCCCCUGCUCUGCUGACAGCUCUGAGCCAGCACAGCCAAGUGCCUUCCCUGGAACAGCACAGCCCUCAGAGCAAGAGCCCAGCACCCUGGGCAGCCCCAUCAUCCGUGUGGUGAACAGAACCAAUGAGCACGGGGAGAGUGAGACUGUGUAUUAUGUCAUGGCCAGCACAGCCUCAGAGGAGCAGGUGGCAGCACCUGGUGGGCUGCCGGUGGAGCUGGAGGAGAACGUCAUGGACCGUCUGCAGAAGACAGCUGAGGAGCUGGGCAUCCACAUCGUCUGAGCUGCCCACCUGCCUGUCUGCAGGAGGAAAGCUUGCGUCUCCAUGGGGUGUGGAGAAGGUUAGGAAGUGCUUGGGGAAGGAGGCUGAGGUCCUCACCUGCCUGCAGCUGACUGCCUGCCUCCUCUUCUGCCCCAGCCUCACUGCCUGUUCUGGUCAGCAUGGGGAGGAGGGAAGGACAGGUCCCUCUCAGUUGUGGGUCAAGUGGUCCAAGAUGAGGAGACCUCUCUGGUUCUCCCUUGGAGGAUUAGGGACUAGCAAGCCUCUCCCACCCUUCCAGGAGAUUUAGCCUUAGCCUGACCUAAGCCUUCCCCUCUUGGUCACUCGUGGGUGAUGUGGUCCCUGCUGCUGUGCAGCUAAGUCAUCAGCUGUUGCUGAGCAUGGUCCUCAGCUAGGAUCUCUGCAGGCAGGUUGGUGUGCUGAGCAGAACCUGGGGGUGAAGCUUCCUCCCUCUGGAGAUCUGUGGCCUUAGCAGGCCUCUUCUUUUCUCCCAGGGGUGGCUUGCUCUGUUUCUGCCUUUGUUAGCACAUGCCUGUGCAUCUUUGCUGGUGCUGUUGGUGGGGUUUGCACUCUUGAUGCCAGGACACUGCACUGGUGGAGAGGGCUGGAGGUGCUGUCCCCUGCAGGCUACUGCUGCUCUGCAGUGCUGGGGGACUGGGAGCUUUGCUUCUUUUCUCCUUUGGUGAGUUUCUUCCCCACAUUGGGGUUUGGCCUCCUGGUUGGGCAAAGUGUACUUAGGUCAAGCUAAUAAAAGCCAGCCUGCCAGGCCA